AUGUCUACCGAACCCAGUUCCCCUGCAAAAAAAGACGCGACUACUGUCAUAAAGUCUCCCGAUUCAAAGGGGAAAAGUAAAGCAAAGGUCCCCGCUGAGGACAUAUCUAUGGAAGAGGAAGAAGAAGAAGAGGAGGAGGAAGAUGAGGAAGAAGGUGAGGAGGAAAUGGAAGAGGAGGAAGAGGAAGAUGAGCUCGAGGAAAUUGACCCCAGCGCCAUUGUUUCUCGUCGCACCCGUGGCGUACGCGUCGACUAUACAUCCGAGGAAGCCCUCGAAAAGGCCGGCCUCACAAAGGAUGACCACGAAGAUGACGACGACGACAUGGAACAUUAA